AUGCCUAGUCAUACAAUCAUGGAUUCUCAAAGUUUGGCGUAUAUAACUACCGACGUCUUUACCAGCACUCGCUAUGAAGGCAACCCUUUAGCCAUCAUCCGCUUGCCGCCGUCUCAUUCGUUGACACAGGAUCAGAAGCAAAAGAUUGCGAGAGAAUUCAAUUUCUCUGAGACAGUCAUACUUCACGAGAGUGAAGAAAGCUACAAGAAAUCAGAAUGGGUAUUCGACAUCUUCUUGACGACUGCGGAGAUUCCAUUCGCUGGCCACCCAACCAUCGGAACAAUUGUCUACUUAGGCAAAGCCAUCGAAAAAGGCGGUGCUAGCGGCGUCAUCAACGGCACUUUGUUGGCUAAGGCAGGCAGGCUUCCAUUCACCUACGACACCAGUAGUGAGAUUGCGACUGCUGAAGUUCCAAACGACAGUCAUGUUCAUCAGAAAAUGCUUGAUUCGCAGGCCCUUCGAAAUGUUGGUGUUCGAAGCGAAGUACUCGAUGGUAUGGCCGGCCCGGCCGCCGUCGUAUCGAUUGUGAAACGCAUGACUUUUGGUCUCAUCGAGCUGUCGUCGUUGGCGGCUCUUGAGUAUGUUGCACCAGGAUACAGCUGGCUCGAUACAGAUGGAAUGAACCCCGAAUACACCAUGAACGGACACUGUGGAUUAAUGUUCUACCAUAUCACGGAGCAAAAUGAAUCAGUGACUAAGAUCCGCACGAGGAUGAUUUUGGAGACCAUAGAGGAUCCGGCCACUGGUUCAGCCUCAUCGGCUCUGGGCGUCUGGCUCGCACUUCAGGCCUCUAAGUCACAUGAUGCUAGGAAGAAGGUGCAUAAAUUUGAGAUGACACAAGGAGUUGAAAUGGGACGUCGAAGCGUCAUAGGUGUGGAGAUUACUCUAGAUGAUGAAGGGACCGUCGUCAAAGUCGUUCUCAGCGGAACGGCGGUCGAGGUCAUGCAAGGAUCCCUGCGGGUUCCAUAG